AUGCAUCCCUCUACCUCGUUUGCAGCAUUUAAGCCGUGCCACACUGAUGGACAUGAUUGCAUGAUGUUCGAUGUUCCUCUAAAUCAUAACAAGCCUGACGGAUAUCGAGCUUACGUUCCCUUAUUGAGGUUCAAGUCUACGGCGGCACCUACGAAAGGAAUGGUCUUGCUGAAUCCCGGGGGGCCCGGUAAAUCGGGUGUGGAUUGGUUUACUGGGAUGGGAAAAGAGAUGCAGAGAAGGGUGGGUGAGAAUUAUGAUAUCGUCGCUUUUGAUCCGCGGGGAAUCGGAUACAGCAUUCCAUCAGCAAACUGCAACCAAACCGAUCCCAACGCGGUAGGGCGGAGAUAUGAAUUACCUCAUGGUCCGUUAGUUCCUUUCGACAAUAGGUAUAUUAGGGAGUCCACGGCCUUGAUUGGCGAAGUCUGUCAGUCUGUUAUUGGUGGGGAGGAUCAGGCUGGCCAGCACAUGAGUACAGCAACCGUUGCUCACGAUUUGCAUUCAAUACUCGAGGCAUACGCAGCGUCUCCCGAAGCUGCGAACGUUGAAAAUGCAGCACUGCUUAAUUACAUCGGAUACAGCUAUGGAACAGUGAUUGGGCAAAAUUUCGCAUCUAUGUACCCGGACAGAGUGGGACGCAUGGUACUUGAUGGAGUUGUCGAUAUAGAGGAUAGUGCUGUCGGUCUACCACUUCGGGCCUUGGUGUCGACCGAUGAUGCAUUUGCAACUUUCUUCAUCUACUGUCACCUCGCGGGUCCUGACAAGUGCGCCUUCUACACAGAUAGCAACCCGGGGGACAUUUUCUUACGCUUUGAGUGGAUUCUUUCUCGACUGGACACCAACAUUGCCAACGCAUUGGACUGGGCGAACGCGACAGAGAUUGAAAAUGAUCUAUACAUGUUGAAAAGAUCAAUUUUUGACGCGCUAUACAGCCCCAAAGCAUUAUUUCCAGGUCUUGCGACUCUUUUGCUUGACAUGGAAACUCACUUGAAAGCCCAUAACCUCAGUGCGGUGGCCCAAGAUUUGAGCGGCGCGGGAAGGCCGCCGCGGGUCAUACAGGGAGACGAUUCGUGGAUGUCGGGUGUUACUUGCACGGACAAUUCCAAUACUGCUUAUAACGUGACUGACCAAGAGUUCAUUCAAUACAUGAAUCUUUUGAUGCAACAAAGUUAUAUUGGUGGAGAGGUCUACGUGGCCAACUGGUACCAAUGCGUAGGCUGGUCUAUCAAGGCUGUUGAGACAUUCACUGGUGCGUGGGGCGGUAAAACAGCGACACCAAUUCUAUUCAUCGGCAACUCCUGGGAUGUCAUCACACCUCUUAUGAACGCACUAAAAGGAACAACACUUUUCAGCAAGUCAGAGGUUUUAAUAGUAAAUGAACCAGGGCAUUGCACUGCUAACAAAUGUUCUGAAGCCAAAACUCGCGCUUACUUUCAAGAAGGCACGAUGCCUGGUGCAGACAAUUUCUGUGUUGGACUUGAAGAAGGGAAUGGGCCCUUUGAUACAACACUCACUAUGAGAAUGGAGGAUAAUGGAGCGUAUCGAAGCAUCUUGGGUAGAUUGAGGGCGCUAAGAUUGAAGACUUACAGAGCGCUCGACUUCUCUUAG